CUCGGUGCAGCAGCAGUCGAGGGUUGUACCAACGCAGGGAAAGACACGAGAGAGAGAGCCAGUUUAUAUCGUCGUUCAGCGUCCGAAGUAAUUCAAGUUUAUUAUUAACAUCCCUCUCUCUCUCUUUCUCUCUCUCAGGGUGUUCUUUUUUUACCUGGCCCUUGCAAUCAAGUGUGAGUGAAUCCUUCAGUGUCUCGGCCAGGGUUGCGUUAUUUAAAUCACAAAACUCUCUUUCUCUCUUUCUUUAAAGCCUCUGAUGAAACUGGUUUUCUCAUCUUUCUUUAUCUUUCGGAGCAUAUAAGCAGCAGAGAACGAGAACUCUGGUCCUGCCCUUAUCGAGCGAUCCGAGUGCACGUGUUUCGGGGUUGUUGUCCGACGCUCAUUCCCUAUAAUUUUCAAUAUUAUAGAUUACAACUCGACCCCCUCAAUCUAUCAUUACAUAUACAAGAGAGUGAAUUUUUCCUUCUAAUAAUGUCUAUAAAAUAUGUUGUUACCCUGCUUUAAAUCUGCCUUUUCAGCGAGUGAAUUACAGGGGAAAAAAAAUUCGUGACAAUUCUGAAUAAGAGGAUUAUAUAGAUGCUCCAAAAAAAAAUGUUGCGAGAAAAAUAUUUCGCCUCCGGAAACUGAGAAAUUCCAUCCCACCAUCGAAAAGGAAAUACAUUUGCAAUUCUAUCUGGGAACACAAGGGAAGUGUGGAUCGGAAAUACCUGCAGAGAUGACAGGUCAUAGGUAGGAAAAAUAAGAGGUGAACGAGAUUCUUUAAAUAAUACGAAUAAUCUUAAGCGAUAUGUCUCGAGACGAGGUGCUUACAACGAUGGGUGUAGAAAUUGUUCAAGUUGCUGCGACUCGUUUAAGCAACAGUUUCGCUUAUAUGGAUGACGUGUCAAAGAGUCUUUCUCGUGGAUCUCGUCGAUUGAAAUCAAGUUUACUGGAGGAACGUGGUACUGAUGAUUCAAAUCCAACAAGUAAUACAAGUUCCGUUGCAUCGGAUGAUUAUCAUGGUGCAUCAUCGAUUCCAUGCUCGUUGGAAGGUUCUGUUCAAACGCCAGAUAGAAAACGCGUUAGUCUUGGAAGUCAUCGUCAAAGAUUGAAAAGCAGCUGCACAAUUAGCGGUGACAAUGGAAGUAUUGGAUACGGGUCAUCUGCUCCACUCGAAUCAGAAAAUUCAUAUUCCUCACAUCCUGGUUAUCCUUUGACUGGUGAUAAUACAACAAGUCGAAAAUCAUGUUCAUCGUCAAGUAAUUCGCCUAAGGAAGAGGAUACAAGAACUGCUUCCACCGCCACAUCGCCUCCAACAUCACAACGAUUUCUCUCACCGUCUUCUUCCAUUCCACAUUCAACAACGUCCGUCAGUUCUUCAACACCCGCUAAUUCUAGAGGAACCACGGGGAAGAGUCAAAGUUCAUUAACCAGAUUUCGUGGUAUUGCUCCCGGUACUGUUGCACCAUCGACAUCAUCUUGGAAUAGUUCAUCUGUGGAACAAGAAUCAGAUUAUGUGAUCGAUAUUGAAAAGGGAAAUGCGUAUCAUAAAGGACAAUUUCUUGGAAAGGGUGGCUUUGCAAAAGUUUAUUUAAUAACCGACAUUUCAACGAGGAAACAAUAUGCUUGUAAAAUCAUUCCCAAAAAUCGAAUGCAGAAGAUUCAUAUGCAAAAGAUCGCAAGAGAGGUGACGAUACACAAGGAGUUGAAUCAUGUCAAUGUCGUUCAGAUGCAUCAUUACUUCGAGGACAAUCUAAGUGUCUACAUGCUCCUAGAAGCUUGUCCACGAAAGAGUCUCAUGCACGUGUUGGGUUAUCGUGGCAAAGUAACGGAACCGGAAGCCAGAUACUAUAUGAAACAAAUGGUAACAGGAGUUGCUUAUAUUCAUUCGCAAAAAAUCGUUCACCGGGAUUUGAAACCGGGCAAUAUGUUUCUCUCGGAACGAAUGAUUGUAAAAAUUGGUGAUUUUGGAUUAGCCACACGUCCCGAUGGUCAACGUAGAAAAGUAACACUUUGCGGUACACCAAACUUUAUUGCUCCGGAAGUUCUUUACAAACAAGCUUACAGUUAUGAGGCGGAUGUUUGGGCCUUGGGUUGUAUCUUAUAUGCAUUGCUCGUUGGCCAACCGCCAUUUGAUACGGCGACACUUAAAGAAACUUACACGAGAAUUUGCAAUAAUCAUUAUCGUGAAGUUGACGAUACAAUGGCAAGUCGUAAUGGACAGGAUUUAAUUCGUUGGCUAUUACAUCCAAAUCCCGAGCUAAGACCAUCACUCGAAAGAGUUAAGGAACAUCCUUAUCUCACCAAGGAAUAUGUUCCAUCAUUUUUACCCGAUACAUGUUGCUAUCGUACACCUCAAUUAUCAAUUAUUGAACCAAUUAAUACGGCAAUUUCACCCUCAUCGUCAGUGGUGUCAACGAUGAAUAAUAAUAAUAAUCAUCAUUAUCACGGUGAGGAAAUAAUGCAACAUUCACAAUUGAGAGCACAAUCACCAACGCGUAAUGAUUGUCGUAAACAAUCGGGUAAAGGGCAAAAAGUUUCAAAUUGGUUGUCAAAAAAAUUAUCAAAAUUACCAAAAUUACCAUGGUUUCGACAACGUCUUAGCAGUGUUCUUUGUCCUGAAGCGAGGAAAAAACAAACAUUAAUGGAAACAAAUGGUGGACAAACGCCUAUUUUACCGCAAAGUGUACAAAUGAAUAGAGCACUUGAGGAUGGUCUUGCUGAAAUAAAAUGUCGACAGGCAAUUAGAAAUCCUCCUAAAGUUGAUGAUGUGACACCAUUGUUUGUAAUCAAGUGGAUUGAUUAUUCUAAUAAGUACGGCUUGGGUUUUCAACUAUCUGAUAAAUCGGUUGGAGUGCUCUUUAAUGAUAGCACAAAGAUGAGCUACACUCCUGAUAGAAGACGUGUCGAAUACAUGAGAACCGAUGACGAAGUAACGAGAUAUCACAGAGAAAAAGAUGUUCCCUCAUCGUUAGAAACAAAACUAGAUAUUCUGCGAUAUUUUACGGAAUAUAUGGAACAUCAUCUAACAGAAGGUGGUGAAAUUAAAGAAGUUAGAAAUAUGCGACAAUCCCGUUCCGCAUGUGUGCCAAGAAUGCGACGCUGGUUAAGAACGGACAAAGCAAUUGUGAUGGAAUUAACGGGACCACUUCUUCAGGUGAAUUUCUUCAUGGAUCAUACGAAAAUGGUUGUAUCACAAGAGCCAUUAUGUAAGGAAUAUCUCAUCACUUAUAUCGAUGCCGGUAGACGUGUUUCUUCUUAUUGGUUAAGCGAUCUCAGGAGUUAUGGUUGUACUCCCGAAAUUCAUGAAUGUUUACACUAUCUUUGCAAAGUAUCCCGUGAAUUUGCUGAUCUCGAUAAUAAUGCAGUUGGCUGAUCCCCAGCGUUUAGAACCUUAUACAAGGUUAAAGAAACCAAAAUCUAGAAUUUCAUUUUUCAAGUUAUUCUAUAUAAUAAUAUAUAAAUCUUCUGUGAUUCGAAUUCGUAUAGUAAUUUCUUAGGAAAGAAAGAUAGAUUUCGAAAACUGGAUAAAAAUAAUCAAAUUUUUUUUUUUUGAAAAAUGUUACAUUUAAAAUUUCUAAUAUUGUUAUUAAAUUUAGUUAUGAGAAAAAAAUUGUUUGUGUGUAAAAUUAGAGAUUUAUUUAGAUCUACUUUUUUUUCGUUAUUUUUAUCCAGAUUUCUGUUAUAACUCGAUAUUAUUUUUCGAGAUGUGAAAAUUAAACUAAAACUUUCUGUGAUUGAUUUCAAAGUUUAAACUCGAUUCCCGGGACUCUGUUGAGUUUUUCAAAACUUUAUUAUAUAAAAGAAGUUCAUACGAAACUUCUAUGUCUCGUGUAGCUUUAAAAAAAAAAUGAACUCGAUUCGCAACGGGUGAUAUAAAAAAAAAAAAGAAGCGACUGGUUAAUGACCGUUUUGUACUCUCGAUGAUCGCACAGUAGUACUUAUAAUUUAAAGAAUGCCACUUAAACGCUUUAAAAAAAAAAAAAAAGAUCCGCGAGUUCAGUCAUCAAGGUUACCAAUCAAAUCGAGGGUCUUUGGUAAUCCUAGUCAGAUGCUUUUUCGAGAUUAUUGGAAGUCCAGAAAAGAGAACAGAUUGGUCACUGCCAACUUGUUGCCACUGUAGUUACAAGUCGCUGUUACUUCCAUGACAAUUCGUUUAAUAUUAAAAAAAAAUAUAUAUAUAUAUAUAUACAGUUAAAGACAAAUAGAGUCGUACAAUUGUUGUUAUUACUAUUACUAUUAUUAUUAAUAAUAUUAUUUAGUUAUUAUAUAACUAUUCAUUACUUUAUUAAUUUAAUUAAAAAUGCAUUGUUAUAAUUGAAUUAGUCAAUUGUCAAUUAAAUUUAAUUGAUCAUUAAUUUGACAGUCAAUUUAAUUUAAUUGAUCCUUAAUUAAUUAUCAAUUUAAUUGGUCGUUAAUUAAUAAAUGAAUAAUUAACUAUUAUAAAAUAUCGAUAUUAUUGACAUCAAGAAAAAAAGAAAGUCACUGAUGUAAUUAGAAUCAAAUCUCUCAUUUCAUUAUACGAUUACAGUUUUAUAUCACAAUAUUUCCUCUAGAAUUGUUAGCUCCGAAAAAAAAUUGCAAACAAAAAUUUGAUGGAGGUAAAAAAAAAGUUAAUAUGCAUUUUUUCCGAAAAUAGAAAUAAAUUAUUUUUGUAUCAUUUGACUUUCUAGAAGUUUUAAAUUAAAUUAAUUUAGUAAAUUAUUCAAAAAAUAAAAUUCUUUACACCUUCACUGUAAAAAAAAAAUGCAAAUUAACUCUUUUUUUUCACUCUUUCUUGAAUUGUAAUUUUUUUUUUUAAACGGAGACUUACAUGAUGAUAAAAUGGUUAGAUUGUUAGAUAUAUUAUAAAUGUAUAAUAGUGAUAAAAGAGCUAUUUGCUCUGUGAUCGUGAAAUGGUGUGUUAGAUCUAUAAAAAAAAAAAAAUCUGAAAAUAUAAAUUAUAUGCCUUAGAGAUAAUUAACGUUGCGAUUCAUUGCGUCAUUUUGCUUUUACGAAUAAAAUAUUCCUUCGCUUCAUCUCUUGUUUCAAUAAUAUGAAACGGAGAUUUGAUGUUAUUAAAACGUUACGUUUAUUUUCUACGGUCGUUUUUUCUAACGAGAUGUAAUCAAGGCUCAUGUUUCAUGUUGAAAAAAACGAAUAAUGAAGAUAAUUAAAGAUCUCAAAUGCGAAUUUUCGCAAAAUAAA